AGGGUUAACCGUCCAAGGAGGCGGGCAGGAACCGGCUGGCUCCGGUUGCGCGCUUUCUGGCCGGCCCGGCGUAGGAAGACCGGGACUUUUCCAGUGUGAUUUUGGGGAUCGGCUGAAGAACGCACCGACUUCCAGCUGUGCGAAUCCCUCCCCCCCUCUCCGCGGCUGGCGCGUCCAUUGCAACCUUGCACUUUGGGGCGCACCAAACGGGCUCUGGGCUGCGCCGAUCCUAUGCUCACCCCCUCCCCCUCUCCUGCUCCUCCUCCUUUCGGGGGACCCCGCGGACAGGCAGGCGAUGGAUAGGAAACCCGCCUUGGUGGUGUUUGAUCUGGAUUAUACCUUGUGGCCUUUUUGGGUGGACACCCACGUGGAUCCCCCCUUCCAGAAAAAGAGUGAUGGCUCGGUCCAAGACCGGAAUAAGCGGCCUGUGAAUCUCUACCCCGAAGUGCCGGAGGUCCUGCAGCAGCUGCAGAGCGAAGGGAUCGCUAUGGCAACUGCCUCUCGGACAGGCGAGAUCCGAGGAGCCAAACAACUCUUAGACCUUUUCGACUUAAAUCGCUACUUUCGCUACACAGAAAUCUACCCUGGCAGUAAAAUCACCCAUUUCCAAAGGUUGAAACAGCAGACCGGCAUCCCGUUUCAUCAAAUGGUCUUCUUUGAUGACGAAAGCCGCAAUAUUCACGACGUCAGCACGCUAGGAGUUGUGUGUGUCGCUGUCCCAAGAGGCAUGACUCUUUCACUCCUCCGGGAGGGCAUGGAGAGUUUCGCACGCAGUUCUCACUCUCUUCCAGACGACAAAGUUUAAACCUCAAACUUCCGGGAACUCGUUCUUCUGUUUUCUCUCGUACGAAACACCGGCUGGGGAUUAUGGGCACUAUCUAAUUAUCUGUUUGACGGAAAGUGAUGGAGCGUCUGCCUCCAGUUUCCUUCUUAAAGAAUUUUUUCGUCCUGUGGUUAGAACAGACCGGGAUUCUCCAAACAUGGCCCCGUUAAGACCUGUGGACUUCAACUCCCAGAAUUCUCCAGCCAGCAUGCUUUAAGGCGGAUGGACUUCAACUCCCAGAAUUCCACAUCCAGCAAGGGUUUACCAGAAUUCAGCAUGGAUAAGAACAAAUGUGGCUAGACUACCUUUAAUGCAUUUUUUUGACAGGAUAAUUUUCUUUACAGAUAGUGGGAAUGCGGUCGACGUAAUAUAUGGCAUGGCUAGCUGAGGAAUUCUGGGAGUUGAAGUCCACGAGUCUUAAAGGGGCCACAUUUGGAGACCCCUGCGUUAGACCAACAAAGGGUUCGUGUUUGUGACUUUCAUCCCAAUAAAACAGAGAAAACAAA